UAUUACUCCAGUAGAUGGAGACAAAAAAUCUGUGUCAUACGGCCUUAGAAAACAAACAUGGCCUCCAUUAACAGCGUUGAGUGGAGAUCCAUUUGCGAAAAAUUCACCAACGCCCAACUUCUUACUGAAACAGAGUCGCGAAAUGACCCCGAAAACGACCCGUUCCGUUCCAAAUACAAAGCCAGGGAGUGUCUAAGAGAAAUCUACUGCUCGCUAAAGAGCUUCGAGGCCGGGGACGGAGAGGAAGACACCGGCGGAGACAACUGCGAGCAACGGCCCACAGACCAGCCAGUGGACGGCCAGAGGGAGGAUGCGUUCAGCCAGGGACUCAGCGGUGACUCUCCAGCCGGGAUGCGGGCAGCCAAGCUCGGGGCUGUGGAGUACUACCUGGGGGUUAAUCAUGUGGACACGGAGGAGCUGCCAGCCGGGCAGGAGCAUCUGAUGAACUGCUUGAAAAUGCUGGACAGAUGCAGGGUGUCCUCGGAGAAUGUAUCCCUGUUCAUCCAUGUCAGGAACCAGCUGGGCAUCCUUUGGGCCGGCCGUGAUGAGACAGAGACAGCUCAUGGCUUCCUGGAAACAGCGGAGUCCAUCUACCAACGCUACAUGAAGGAGGAUGGGAGGCCUCCAACUGACAUGACGGAGUACUUCAGUACGGAGGAGAACCUGCUGACACAUCAGGAAAGAACUAAGAGGUUUGAGUUGGCUUACACCCAUACCAUGUACUACCUUGCUCAAGUUUAUAGAAACCUUGGUGAAAAUGAGCGUGCUGCCACCUACUGCCACAGCACACUGCAGAGACAAUUACAGUUAAACCAGUUCAGUCCAAUGGAGUGGGCCCUGAAUGCUGCUACACUGUCUCAGUAUUAUAUCACAAAGGGCCAAUACAUGGAAGGCAGACAUUGCCUUGCAGCAGCUACUGUUAUAUCGGGUUUGGCUGGAGAGGUUCCCUCUGAAGCUGCCGCCCGAGAAAGUGAGUCAGAGAGUGAGCGCAGGGAGCAGCUCCAGCAGAAGAGAGCAGACAUCGCCAGAUGUUGGAUCAAAUACUGCCUCAAUCUCCUGCAGGAUGCCAAGAAGCUGCUGGAGGAUAACAUCGGUGAGUUGGAUACUGAUCGUCAAGAUGAGUUGAAGAGAGCAAGACGCCAGGAGGAGGAGGAGGAAGAAAAGGGCAGGAAGAGCGCUUUGCUGUUUGGAUCUGAGGAUACCUUUGAUUCUAUUGCGAGUGUGGAAGAAAAGGUGAUGUGUUUGUUGCCUUUGGGCUUCACUGAGGCCAGAGCUGUGUUUUUGGUGGGACAGAACUAUGUGAUGCAGGCUAAGGAAUACUUUCAAAUGGAUGGAUAUGUGACGGACCACAUAGAGAUUCUGCAGGACCACAGCUCUCUGUUCAGGGCCCUGGCCUUCUUUGAGGAAGAUCUGGAGCGUCGCUGCAAAAUGCACAAGCGAAGGGUUGACAUGUUGGAGCCGAUCUGCAACGACUUGAACUCCCGAUACUAUCUGCUGAUCCGCAGACAGCUGAUGUUUGAGCUGGCUGAGACCUACAAUGAAAUGAUGGACUUAAAGCUGACUCUGGCCAACAGACAAGCAGAUAACCAUUCCCUAGAUAGUCACACCAUUAAGAAAUUCAACCAUCUCUGCUCUGCCUCUGCUAAGUACUUCCAAAUGUUCCUAGAUUCUCUGUGCUCACCAGAAGGGAAGCAACCCGAACACCUGGAGGAGGAGGUGCUCAGACCAGCUCUGGUGGCCCGAUUCAGAGUGGCCCGACUUCACAGCAAACUGAUCAGCUCCUCACCCCCAGUUCAACUGGAAAACCUCAACAGAGCUCUGGAAAACUACAAGUACGUAGUGCAGUAUUGCGAGGCGCAUCCUGAAGCAGCCGCUGCUGUGGAGACGGAGCUGGAGCUGAGUACGGAGAUGGUUGGCCUCCUCCCUCUAAAAAUCAACCGUCUUAAAUCAAGGAUGGCUGCAAACAACUAAGGACCAAGUUUAAAUGUCGCUCUUCAUUGACUGAUAUAUUGCUUAACUGAUCUUGUUAACUUAAAUUAACCAAUCAAAAUGUAUCUUGUCACUGUUGAUGAACUCUCUGCAGUCAAAGAAGCCAAAAUGUAGAUUCUGAUUCUUGUUCUUUAUGUAUUUAAUUUGGUGAUUGCUUAUUUUUCUGUGCAUUUAGCAUGCUGCUUUUGAAUGCAUCUCAGCCUGUAACUGCUGCAAUGUGCUCUCAAUAUUGUGCAAUAAAUAUUGUGGUUAAUUCA